AAACAAGAUCUAGACUAGAGUUCUAUUGUUAAAUUUACGGCAGGGGUGCUUUCUGUGACGGCGCUCAUGGAAUCGAUAGACACUACAGGUUCUCAAGCGUGCACUGACUUGGUGGAAUUGUCCUGAUUCGUGAGCUCCAUCCCCCGCCCGUUCAAAUAGAAUUGAUUAACAAGUAUACGAGCGAAGGAACCAGCGUGUAUCCGCCGUGGAUGCCAUCAAUUCUGCUCAUAGCUCAAAAGAACAGGCAGCAUCCUCGACUAGUAGGGCAUUAGUCUCGAAUGGAAUUGUGUUAGCGACUAAACCCUAACCCAUGAUUCACAAGAGUCCCAAACCCUAGAGCCUUCAUCCCGCAACGUUGUCAAAGGUAUUGACAAUGCCAGAGCUGGAUCCCACUCUGUAUUCCAUAGCGUGGUUGGCGCCGCUGGAGAUUGAGGCAAAAGCGGCGAUUCACUUACUGGAUCGCAAACACGAAGGCGGGUUCCCAAUGCGCCGUGGGGAUGACUAUGUAUUCCAAGCGGGUGAAAUGUGUGGCCACAAUGUGAUAAUUGCCACCUUCCCAGCUGGCCAAGAGUAUGGAACAUGCUCAGCAGCUGCCAUGGCGGCCCAGAUCAAACAGUUCUUUCCCAACCUGUGGUUUGGACUGUUGGUUGGUGUUGCUGCUGGCCUGCCAAACCUCUCGGUGAACCCUCCGCUUGAUAUCCGUCUUGGAGAUGUGCUUGUGGGACUAUCUACCAAAGAUAGUGCAGGGCUCAUCGCAUAUGAACUCGGUAAAGAGACGGAAGUUGGUGGAUUUGAACUCCUCCGUUUUGGACGAGUCUUGGCUGAGACAGAGACCGUCGUCAGGUCGGCAAUUGGCAGUAUUAAGCUUAAAGCGCCAAAGGAUGCGGAUUUCAUCAUUCCCUAUUAUAAAACCCUCAGCGACAAGCAGCAUGGCACGGGCACGUUUGAGGAUCCAGGCCAAGAUCAAGACAUUCUUUAUGAUGAGCGUGACGAUGGGAGUGAGCGAGUUGUGCGGCGAGCAAUACGACCUUCUGAAAAACGCACGCGGGUGUGGUAUGGUUCCAUCGGCUCCGGAGACAAGUUGAUGAAGAAUGCUCGGAAGCGUAAUGAGCUUAGGGACAAGUACAACGUCAUUGGUCUUGAAAUGGAGGCAGCCGGAACGAUGAACCGCAUCCCAGUCGGGGUAAUCAGAGGUGUCUGUGACUACGGGGACAGGCACAAGAAUAAAGAAUGGCAACCAUACGCGGCCGCCAUGGCUGCGGCGUACGCGAAGGCCGUUUUGUCUGAAAUCCGACCCAAAGUCAUGAUGGAAAAUGUGCCAGACGAAGCGGCAGGUGCCAAGGAUGCCAUUACCAGAAGACGCAAAGAGGAUGACCAAUCCAGGAUACUUUCAUGGAUCUCCACCACUCCGUACAAGAAACACUAUCAGACAGCCAAGGAGGGGAUGUUGAACGGUUCUGGUAGUUGGCUCUUGCGCAACACAAUGUUUAAGGAGUGGCUGGACUUAAAAAAGUCGGGAUUGUUUUGGCUACACGCAAAGCCUGGAGCGGGGAAGACUAAACUUUGGUAAGUUACAUCCUACUUAAUUUGCUAAUUGCCACCGCUGAUGUAGGCAAGUGCGAUGCUAAUCAACAAACUAACCGACCAACACGAGGACGUGGCUUACUUCUUUUGCAGCCGCAACCUUAAUGACCCCGAGCGCCAAGAUCCAAAGAGGGUUCUGCGGGCGUUGAUACACCAACUAUGCCUGUUGCCAUCCGCUGACAGAUUUCCGGCAAUAAUCGAGGAGGAAUAUCGCAGAAAAGAAUCCAUUGGAAUGACAACAGCUGGUCUGGAUUUCGAAGAGUGCCAUGAGCUGAUCACUGGCCUGCUUCAAGGGACGGGCAAGAUCACCAUUGUCAUUGAUGGUUUAGACGAAUGCUAUGUAAAAGAGAGGAGUUUGAUGCUGGCAUCGCUAAAGAAAUACGCCGAAUCAUCUGCUAAGCUCGUCAAAGUCUUCAUAUCAAGCAGGGACGAUCGCGACAUUCUCAUCAGACUCAAAGAGAUGCCAAACAUAGCCAUUGAGGAGCAACUUACCAAGGGCGACAUGAAACGAUUUGUGGAGAAAGAGCUCGCUCAAUGCAUCGACAACAAGGAUCUGCUCUAUGGAGAAGUUGAACCUGAGCUAGAGCAAAAGAUCGCCGCUCAGUUGCUUUCCAAAGCUGAUGGAAUGUUUCUCUGGGUCAAGCUUCAGCUACAAUUUCUCUGUAGCUUAGAGUCCAACUACCAAGUGCUCGUUCGGCUUGGCAAAUUGCCAACAACCCUCCUUGAAAUAUACGACCAGAUAUUCAAAAGCAUCGAAAGUAGUGCCAGUUCCUUGGAAGCACAGAAGGCCUUGGCUUGGAUAUUGUGCUCUAGGGAGCCGCUCCAGCCCGCGCAGUGGUCAACCGCCGUUAUGUGGGCGAUGGGUAGGAAGAGAGCACUCGACGAUGAGGUCCCCGUCCGGCUUAACGCAGACGCGUUGCUAGGGAUGUGUCGAAAUCUUGUGAUGUUCGAUGAGCUGCAGAACAACAUAACCUACACACAUAUUUCCGUGCGAGAGUAUCUGGAAACAAAGCCGCAGUUCUCAAAGUUGAUACUUGAGACGAUGGCUGCCGAAUCAUGCCUCCGCUUCAUGAUCAAAACAGUCCUACCGAGGCCAUCUGAAGUGGAUUACCCCUUUUACAGAUAUGCCGCACGCUAUUGGAUUGACCACGUCAAGGAAUGUGGACAACAUGUACCCCCAGAGUUGGAUACGUUUCUCGGCACCGGCGAUGAACCAAGCUGGGCAUAUGGAGAGUGGAAAUGCGCUGUAGGGUUGUUUGCACGUCGUUACGCGACAUUUGACUAUGCUGACGACAUUGCAAACUUAACCUAUCCUUUGCUUCUGGCAGCAUUCUACGGCAUCCGGCACACUUCCAUUUGGAAGCGUGGGACAUUUGAUCCCAAUAGAUCGGACCAGCGCGGUCUAUCCUUGCUCGCCCUUGCGAGUCAAAACGGGCAAAAAGAAAUCGUUGAGCUACUGCUGCGGAACCACGCCCAGGUCAAUCCACCGCCUGUAUUCAUUGAUGCUUCCACCGCUCUCGCGCCAUGCAUCAAACGAGUUUCUUAUCUUCCUUAUGUACCGGUGGACAAAUCACAUCCCUUGUUCUUGGCCAUCCAAGGUGGACAUACGGACGUGGUUUUGCUGCUUCUAGACGCCGGUGCAUCUUUACAAACCGCGAAAAACAUCCAUGUCGCUGCAGAAUACGGUUCACCGGAUAUGCUUUUAAGAUUGCUCCGAGAAAAUCCUCAUCAGUCAGCUUUAGACGGCCUCACUCUAAGAUACGCAGCCACGAAUAAGACAUAUCCAGAAAUUCUGACGACUUGCCUUAAAAAUUGUUCAAAUUCCGCAAUAGACGGAGAGCUUCUUGAGGCUGUUAUUGAAAACCGGGGAGACCACAAGGAUGUUAUCAAAAAACGUCUUGCACCCCGUAUUACUGCGAGGGUGCUGCUAGGAGUACGACGCUACCGGCGGACAGAUGUACUUGAGCUAUUGAUGGAGUUGGUUCCGAAUUUAGAAGUCCCUCAAGAUGUGGUUCAUAUACUUGAACGGGAUUCACCAGAUGGCGACGAUGAUGUGGCGGCGAUUUUGCGAGCUCAACUCCCUAGCGCCUCAAUCACCCCUGGAGCACUCAAAGCAGUUUUUCGCACAGGAUAUGAAGCCAAGAAUAUGCUCAAAGCUCUCUUGGCAAAAAGGAGCCGUCUAUCACCGGACUUUGAUGCGGAAGAGUCCGAGACCAGUUCUAUGGAGAGUUUGUUUCAGAGAUUCUUUCAAGAGCGAGUAUCAGAAGAUCUGAUUCUUGCCGCUGCUUAUAAUCAACGCGAAGGACUGGACCUGAUGAAGCUCCUCUUUACAAAAGCCGAUAGAUCUGCCAUUACAGAAGCAAUUGUCACGGCUGUAGUCCAGAACGAAAACAGUGCUGUUGACAUGUUGAAAUAUCUCCUUUUACAAGAUCCAGCCAUUCCGGUUACCGAGAAGGUGGUGGGAGCGGCAAUGCAGAACCAGAAACACGGCCUCGAGAUCAUUGAUGUCUUUGUUUCAAAUAAUCGGCAACUUCCAAUCACCGAAUCGGUAGUGAAAGCAGCUGCGGGAAACAAAGUUUCUGGUGGCAAAAUGAUAGCAACUCUUCUAUCGAACGACCUCUCUUUCGAGCCAACGGAAGGAAUUCUUACGGCUGCAGUCAUGAGUGAUAAGCAAAGCGUAAUAAUACUAAAGAGCCUCCUCACGCGAAGCACAACUUCCCAUAUUACAGACCAAGUACUGAAAGCUGCUGCAAGGAAUGCAGACUCGGGCUUCGAAGUUGUCAAACUUCUCUUCGACAAGCGUCCCGGCAUCAUUGUGACAGAAUCCUUGGUUUGCGCUGCAGCUGAGACUCCAUAUCAAGGUCUGCAGCUGAUUCAAUUUUUUCUGUCGCAAACGGAUAGCAUCUCCAUCACUGGUAAGGUGGUCAUCUCGGCAUCACGAAACCGAGCUUCUGGAAACGCUAUAAUUUGGGCGCUUCUUGACCAGCCGGCAACGACCGCCAUAGGAGUCUCUGCAAUUCGUGCUGCAGCAUUAACUGGCCGGGAGAGUUGGCUCCAUAUGUUCCUGGAUAAGGCUGACAAGCGACUAAUUCGGCGGCACUUCAGCCCAGUCAUUCUUGCAGCCAUUGAGAACGGAGAUGCCGGCAUCAUGAGGACCUGUUUCAAUUACAGUGGAGCAUGGGGUGAACAAGAUGAACAUGGAUGGAAUGCAGAUCUAAUGGCCCAUUAUAAGAGAAACGAGGGCGUCCUACUGAAACUCCCGAAUCAAGUCAGGCGUAGCGCCGCUUGUCCACUGUAUCCGACCGCUUGGGAGCCUGAUGAUCUUCCAGAGAUCUCAUCUAACCUCACUAUUCUGAAAAUCACUGGCGAUAAUGAUCACAACAUACAGGUCAGGGCGAAUCACCCGUUUGCACCGAUUAGCACGAGCUACUUUGAAGUAGACAUAAUCAGACUCGACCAGCCUAAGAUUCCCAAGCUAGGACAUCAUAAGUCGCUAGGUAUAGGAUUCAUUGAUGAAUGCCUUUGGUAUGCUCCAGCAUACUACACUGAUGAUGGUUAUGCGCGUGAUUACUUUCUUAUGCGACAGGUGGAUCGUUAUGGUAAAGGAGACACUGUUGGCUACGGAUUGGAUUGGGAUGAUGACGAAGCAUUUGUAACAAUCAACGGAAGACGAUGCAACGUUGGAAACGGCAUGGAGCCUAUCAUUUUCAGAAGGAUGUUUCCUUAUGUGGUCUUAUACGCUAAAUCUGGCAGCUGCACACUUCGGGCCAACUUUACAGGCCCAUUCAAAUAUCGGCCGCCAGAAAGUCGACGCAAUAGAGUAUGAAAUGGUGCUAAUGCAGUUGAUUGUUUUAGAUUGGGUACAUGGGUCUCGCUUGGCUACUAUGGGGCCGGCCAUGUCGAAUUAUAGAAAUAGAGCAGCGUCGAAGGUUUUGAUAGCUGUGCCAAAUUAUCCGUUGUACAUGUUUCUAUAGACUCGACGGCGUAGGUUCUACUCGCAGAAGAAAAUACGAUACUUCAGUAUGAAUUCAGGGCUGAGGAAAAGAUGGAUUGCAGCUUUUUCAAACAUUCUAACAAAAAAUGAGCUGCACGUUUUUAUGAUAUAUAUUUUGCAUUUUCUCGAAUUUAUGUUUAUAAUAGUUAGGGUCUUUAUACAGAAGGAGAACAUAUGUAAAGGCGACUUAAAUAAUUUGAUAAUUAUAUAAUAUAGAAGAGGCUAGGAUCUUACCUUUUAAUUCCUUCUUUUAUCUAUAUAAUUAUAGAUAUGUGUAA